GUGCCGCCGCCGCCGCCGGGAGGAGGGAGGGAGGAUGAACUGGCUGUUCCCCCUCGCCAAGGGCGGCGGCUCGGCCCUCACCAGUCUCCAGCAGCAGAAGCAGCGGCAGAUCGAGUCCCUGCGCGGCGCCCACGCGUCCAUUGCAGAAAUCCAGAAAGAUGUGGAAUAUCGCCUGCCGUUCACUGUAAACAACUUGACAAUUAAUAUUAACAUCUUGCUUCCACCUCAGUUUCCUCAGGAAAAACCAGUCAUCAGUGUUUUCCCACCUGUGAGACAUCAUUUAAUGGACAAGCAGGGAGUAUAUGUGACCAGUCCACUAAUCAGUAAUUUUACAAUGCACUCAGAUCUUGGAAAAAUUAUUCAAAGUUUACUGGAUGAGUUUUGGAAGAAUCCUCCAGUUCUGGCUUCUAGCUCAACGUCAUUUCCAUACCUUUUCAACAAACCAUCUGGAAUGCCUCCUUAUGCUCCUCAGGGGUUUCCAUUUCUUCCUCUGUACCCACCUCAAGAACCAAACAGAACUAUGGCAGCCGUGCCUGUUGCUGAAUCAGUUUCUUCAAGCUACACUACAGACAAGCCCGCUGCUCCCUCUUACGGCUUGAUUGCUGAUCUGCCACUGCCCGUUCCGACAGCAGAAGCGGUGCUUCAGGUUGCUCAGAAUGGAUUUACUUACAAGAUGCCUGAUGUUCCUGAUACAUUUCCAGAACUCUCAGAAUUAAGUCUAUCACAGCUGACUGAUAUGAAUGAGCAAGAGGAAGUGUUACUGGAGCAGUUUGUGACUCUACCACAGCUGAAGCAAGUCAUUAGUGACAGAGACGAGCUAGUGAAAAGCAUCGAAGAGCUGGCAAAAAAAAACUUGUUGCUGGAGCCUAGUCUUGAGGCAAAAAGACAGACAGUGCUGGAUAAAUAUGAGCAACUCACACAGAUGAAAGCAGCCUUUGAAAAAAAGAUGCAAAGACAGCAUGAACUUAGUGAGAGUUGCAGUCCCAGUGCUCUGCAGGCCAGACUUAAAGUAGCUGCUCAUGAAGCUGAGGAGGAAUCUGAUACUAUUGCAGAAGAUUUCUUGGAAGGCAAAACAGAAAUAGAUGACUUCCUUAGCAGUUUCAUGGAAAAGCGAACGCUCUGCCACUGUAGACGAGCCAAAGAGGAAAAACUUCAACAGGCAAUAGCAAUGCACAGCCAAUUUCAUGCUCCGCUAUAGACUUCUGCAAACUACACCUGCCAAGAGAACGAGUGAAAAGCCCAAUAAAGCACACUUUUUAAUAACUAUUAUUUGCGAAUAAGCAUUUCAUCUUCUAUGGCUGUAUUUAUAGAAGAGAUUGUAUACAGAGUUGGGGUGGAUUUUGUACAAAUUAGAAUGUCUCUUUAUAUUCUCAUUGUACUCAAGAAUCCUUCUAUUGCAAUCUUUGCACUAAUUUCUUGUAUUUAUUGUUGAUAGUUCUUAUUAUAUUUAAGUUCCUGCUGCUAUACUCCAUUCUUCAGAGAUUAAAUAUCUAAACAUGUAAUUUUAACUAGCUUUUUACAUUUUUAUAAGAACAUAGUUCAUAUCUUUUGUAUUUUUAACUUAGAAACAUAGAUUUGGCUUGAUCUGUGGAAGAGUUUGAGAGAAGUGGUGACAGGAUUUUCGAAACUGACGUUCAUAAUCUGGGAUUGUCAGUGGAUUCACAAGCUGUCUUUUCUUGAAGCCAAAAUGUUUAAGAACAAGUUUUUUAAUUUUAAGUAAUAAUUCAAAACUAGGUAUAGCCUGUAUGUGUUUUGGAAAAGUAGACUUGGAUUAAGCAAAAGAUGUUUUGGAACAAAUUAUAUUGGAAUCGAAACAGAAUAAAUGAUCUCUGCCUAGGUUUGAUAUAUUGCUCAGUAGCACUGAUGCACUUGCUUUCAGGAGUGGCUUGGUACAUACCACUGUAAUUAAACACAAUUUUCAUCUAACAAUUUCAUUUUCAUAUUUGUUUUUACUUAAAAAUAAUCAGGUCACCUCCCAGUUUCUGUUUUAUACAAUAUGAGUAUGUUCAUCAUGUGAGGAACUCAAAAGCACUUUGAAAAAACUACUUCUGGCGUUCUUGGUGAAGUAGAAGGGGUUUUUUCCUAAUUUUAAGGAACAAAGAAACUAAUUUGGCUGGAAUCGCAUAGUGUGUUAUGUUAAGACCAGUGAUAGAAUUUGGAAGGGAGACUUAAUUCUGCCCUUCAAUCACUUUGGUGAGCUGACUUUUUUUAGGAUGGGGAUAUAUGUGGUGCAAAUGGAUAGGACCAAGUGCAGUAUUCUACAGGAGAACAACACAACAUGCACGUGUGUUCUCCCUUGCUCUUGCAAAAAGAUACGUUUUUUUUUUUAACCUCAUCGGUGCAUUAGGUUUUCAUGGAGGCAGUCAAGUUUCACAAUAACGGAAGGAAUUGUACAGUUCUGAGAGAUAAAUAAGAUAAAGCACUGAUUAAGUAAUGUGUCGGGAAUCCUGCUCCUUUCUUGUCAGGAAGCAGUCUGGAGAUAAACCUCUUAGCCAAGACGCUGCCUCUGUGUUCCCUAGAUGGGGUCACAGAACAUCACAGGUUCAAGUCUCAAACUCAAGCACGUCAGUCCAAGCGAGCGCUUUUCUGUAUCACUGAUCUUCAGUCAGUCCUAAACUCAGUGCUCCUCUGGCAAAAUGCAAUAAGGUAUUUCUUCCAAAUUGGAGAAAAGUGAGUAGAUUUGGAGUUAUGAAAAUCAUGUAAGUGCAAGAAGUCUGUUCCACAGGCUAGCAAAUUUUCAAAUGGGGCUUUAGUCUCAGCCCUGGCAUGCUUUACAGUAUGUGUUGUGUGUCUUAAGCUACGGCCUUUCAGGGUGAGUAAACUCUUCACUGGUAUUCGGUGGGAUUUUUCUUUGUAAAGCUGGUCCAAAUUCUGAGAUUAGAUGUCCCAAGAAAACAGAACUAUGGUCCAAAUCAAAGAAGAUACAUAGGUGCCUGAAAAAAUGAACAGGUUGUAAGUGCCCUGGUUAAGCAAUAAUUUUAGACUAUCUUCUUCCAAAAUAUCUUUCUACUGACUGUGCAUAACAUUGCUUCUAUAUAUUGACAUAGCACCUCUGCUAAUCAGCUAACUAAACCCUAAUUAAAAAUGAGAUCACAUAGGUUUCCAAGUGGUUCUGGACUUGGGUCUGAGAGUAGUGUGAUUUCUGCAGCUCUGGAGAAGAGUUAGAUUGAAGUCAUCAGUGUUACCUUCUUGGCAAACUCCAUCUAGUUUUGUGCUGAGUGUAGAAGUAGUUUUGGAUCUUUUUCUGAGUAUCUAGCUAACAAUCCUGAAGAUGAGACACACAAUUCUGUACAAGGCUGGUUUUUUGUUGUUUUUGUCCCUAUCAGCAGAGAAAGGAACACAUGACCAAACACCUUCCUCACCUGCCUCCUCCUGUUGAAUGUUAUGCGGUGUAUUAUGGUGCUCCACUGUGACUGAACCGUCCAGGUCACCUUCAGGGGAUUUGUUUCCCAAACUAGUACAAGUUCUCAACACUUCAGCUUUUCCUCUUUUGGUACGUUUCUGAGCAAACUUACAAAUUCAGGACCUCUCCAUGGAGUCCUUCUGAUGACAGUGGAGGAGAGUCUAGAAGAAAACAUCACUGUUCAAUGCAAGCUCUUGUACAGUGUUUCUUAUUCAGAGCUAUGAAAAUUUAAGGUCUUCUCGUUUCUUCCUUUCCAUUCUCUUUCUCUCAUCUUGUUCCUAUUCCUGUUCCACUGAUUUUUUUUAUUAUUUUUUUAUCCCCCCCGCCCCUCGAUUUUUUUUAGCCCCUUCUGCAGUCACAAACGCAUCCUCAAGAGAAGCAGCACAGAAGUCCCUGUGUUCAGCAAGGGCGUACUGGGUUAGCUACAGGGACCCUGUCACGUGCAGGAAUGGCCAGCCUGUUUCUGGCCUUUAAAGGCCAAGCCAACCUGCUGCUGGUUUGGCUUUUGGGUUGUUGGUUUGGUUUGUUUUUUUUUCUUUUAGUCCUACACUGGUUGUGCCAAUGGGAACAUUUUUCCUUACAGGUAAUCUUCAUGCUUGCACCAGAAGACUUAGUAGAACACUGGUAGUGCUCUACCAAAGUUUGGGUUUUUUGGCUUCUAGCAUGCUGGUAGUUCACCGUUAAGUGCAUUCCUUGCCUUAUUUUGCCAAAAUGUGGCAUGUAGGUGUAAAUCCAGCUUUAAACAAUUCCCUAUGAAGUGUAAGAGAAUGGCAGCUGCUGUUAGAUGCAUAUUCUAAAAUCUGUUGAAAUGAGUCAAGAGAAUUCUUAAGCAAUCUGAAACAACAGGCUACCUACAGUCAUCUGUUCCUGGAGGGCCUUGCGCUGUGUCAUGCUCGUGCUGCGGUGUGCCACCAAGUGGCAAAGUGAAAUAAAUGAGCAAGAAAUAGAAGAGUAAGGAGGCGGCUUGUCUCUGGUGUUGCAGUAGUUUUGGGGUGGGGUGAGAGUAUUGUAACUGCUAAUUGAGUCUGUGUUUUGCCUAAUUUUAAUAUCUGAUCUUACUACUAAAUGGUUUCUGUAGCUGAGUUUAGGGCUCUUGUUCCUCCCUGAGUCAGAUGACUGCUUAAAUCCAGAACUGAAUUCUCCAUACAGCAAUUGUAACUGAUGCGAUUGCAGACCAGAGAAAUUCUAAAAUGUAAGUCUGAAAUGUGAGUAGGUUGCAUUUGAGGUGAUCUCGUAUAUGGCUGGUGGUAAUGGUAAGUUCUGCUGGGGCUUAGAGAAGAAAGUUUUCCUGGAUUUCGCAGUGUAUUUGACAUGCUAACCUUUCUGGAAGAUGGAUUAUCAGGUACGCAGAGCUAUGCUAACCACCACCACAAGCAAGAGACUAUAAUAAAGUCAUUUCUGAGCAGUAUCUAAUGACCAACUCUAGUUCUGUUGUUUGCUCUGUACAUACUCCUGCAGCUUUGCCACUUUGGACCUGGACCAAAUGUGGAAGUUGGAAAUCUUUCAGUCCUGUUUCUGUCCAAGUUCUUCCUACUCCUUCCAAAGACUACGAUAUGUCUUUCUAAAAGAGAGAUUUAAGACCCUUCAGGUAAAGUUUAAGUUAGUAGGAAACAAAGUUAAGUCAGUUAUCACAGCCUUAUUGUAUACGCUAUUCUAAGCAGUAAAUGCUGUAAUGUGUUAAACUUACAAAUAAAGGCUUUGGGAUUUAUAGUGUA